AUGUCGCAACCCCAGCCGAUGCCCCCAAGGCAAGCCGCCUACUCCCCUCCUCAGCACUCACCAUCCCCCAACAAUCCUCAGGGCAGUUUCCAGUUCGGACCGGAUGCAAAGCGCCAGAAGUACUCGUCGCCCGGCCCAGCUUCGCAGCCAGCGUCCCCGCGUCCUUACAAUCAAGCGCCGUACAGCGCCAGUCCAGGUCCUGGAACCGCGACGCCUACAUCGAGUUUGACGUCGCCGAGUCUCUCUGCCUAUCCGAACGCGCAUUCCCAAUCUCACAGCACCUCGUACGUAACGCCGUACCAGAAUCAUCAAACCCACCAGAACGUUAAUGGUCGACCGAAUGGUGGCUUGAGUUUGCCGCAGGCGUUGCCUCUCUCAAACACCCCGACGCUCAACUCUCCGCAUCUUUCUCAAGCGCAGAGCCAACCUAAUACGCCAUACUCGAACGCGAAUUUCGUUCCCGUCACUGCGCAACCCACGACUCCCGCAAUCGGCACCAUGCCGCCCCCUUCUGCAUACUCUCACAAUGUCGCGCAGCAGACGCAACCAGUCAACAAGCCGCCUGUCAAGAGCUUCGCAUAUGAUAUGGAUGACACCCUCGCUGGGACUGGCAUCAACUUGGACGAAGAACAAGCAUUCUUGGAUGACUUGGAGACGAAGCAUGGCUUCACUUCAUGGGGAAAUGGCAACCAAGGAAGCUUCUACGGAGGUGGACCGGCAAACAAGCCACCCGAACAGACACAAGCGAAGACGCAAGAGGAGCUAGCGGCAGAAGCUGCUGAUCGAGCAUGGAAUACAGCCGCGGCAAACUUGGCUACCUCACGUGUGCGCUCAUUCAAGGAUCAGUUCCUGAGCUGGGGUUUACUCCACCGAAAAAUGCAGGAUAUUGCAACUAGCCACAAUCUGCAGCUGAACUUGGAUUCAAAAGGCACCGGCGGAGGCGUUGGCAGAUUGGGUCAUCCCAACGAUAUUGAUGAGCCGAAGAUUGAGGUCCGGGUCAGCAAGGCCCCCGACGGCACCAUUCUCAGCACGAAAGGAUCCAUCAUUCCCAAGGAGGCAUAUCUAAUUGACCAAUUGGCCUUGCUGUCUAUUGCUACGAAGGAGCGUUUCUCUGAGUUGCUAGGUGAUGCGAAUAAGUUGGCCACCACCCGGCAGCAGAGCUCUCACGGGGCUGUUCCUCCACUGUGGGCAGAUGCAGCUACUACGGAGCUCGUUGGACUGAAAGACCCGAUGAUGGCAACACAGGAAGGCACCAAACCAGAGCCGGAUAGUGCACGCAGCCCCCGCACGAAUCCACUCAAGCGUAUGGCAGCCUGCCCUGCGAAUGCGAUGAGUAAUGGACUUCCUACGCCCGUAUCGGAGGCGCCUCCCACGAAUUCUUUGGUCGAUACGAUCGUCAGCGCGGGCAAGGCCACGCGUUCGUGUGAAGAAGCGAGACUUCGAAAACGCCAUAGGCGCUUGGAAAAGGCCACCGAUAGGGACAAGGAAGAUGGGAGCGGCGGUGCCCGAACUGGCUCAAUAGCCCCCGACGUGCCGGGUUUCGUCGCACCCGAGCAACCGGAUAGCAAGCCUCUCACGAAGAAGGAAAGCAAGAAACAAAGCGCAAAGCUUGCCGAAGCCAGUAGCAGCACCGUCAACUCGACAUUGGAUCACAUGAUGGGUCGGAAGAAGAAGAAGUAUUCGUGGAUGUCGGGUGGCGCAGGCAGUGGGGCGUCUACUCCUAGACCGAGUGUGGCAGGUCUAUCUGGUGCUGCCGCGGCCGGUGCUGUUCGAAGCCCAGCUGCUCCAGGGCCCUUGACACAAGCCAGCGCAAACCACCUGGGUCAAUUCCGUGAGACGUCCGAGAAGGGCAAGAACAUCCAGCUCCGAGAUUGGAUUCAUGUGCUUGAAGAGCGUGGCACAGACAUUAAAGCCCUUCAAGAGGCAUACAUCAGGCUGGACAGGUCCGAUUAUGGCGACAAGGUGGCGACGGUAAUAACACCAAGCCCUACUAUGCCGAAGUCUGCAUGA